GAAAGUAGUGUCCAAGGCAAAUGUUUUCACUGUCCACGGACGAACGGAACUCGAAACUGUUGUAGCAGAUUCCGUUUAAUUGGUGACAGGACUCGCGAAUCGGGACUCGGUGAUUUUGAAGGACACAGUCGGGAAAGGAGUGAAGCUGGGUUGUGAUGGCCCCGACAAGGAAACCCAACGAUGGGCUGCUGGCGAGGGUUAAUUUUCCGCUGUACGCGAUCGAGAUGCUGACCAGUCGACACGUCCUUGUAGCGGGCGGUGGCGGAGCCUCCAAGACCGGAGUGGCCAAUGGAUUUGAAAUUUACGAAGUCCACCACAACGGUGAAAAAUACGUCGCAGACGAGGUCAUCCGGCACGAAACCGGCCCGACGGUGGUGAUGAACUUGGCGGUCAAAAACGACGAAAAGCGCACGCUGCUGAUGGCCGGCCAGGAGAGUCACUGCCAGAUGUACCUGGUGAAUCCGAUCAUCACCUCAACCGACGGCGAAGUCAUCGGAGGGGGCAAGUCGGAGGGUUCCGUGGACGGAAUGCGAAAGCGCAAGAAUGUGUCCUACCAGCAGUCGAACGGACAGGCCGCCGGUGGCCAGACUCCGGAGCAGACCAAGGGACAGGGAAAGGACAAGCAGCAGCAGUCGGCGCCGGUUAGGAAGCAAAUUCGAUUCGAGAUUAAAACGGGCGAUUCGAUUCAGACGGAUUUUACCGAGCUGGAACCGCUGCAGCGAGUUGUGAGAAUUAGCCCCGACGGGAGGAUUAUGGCCACGGGAGGAAUGGACGGCCACUUGCGGUUGUGGAACUUUCCCAAAAUGACGCUCCGGGCGGACAUUUCCGCUCACACAAAGGAGAUUGACGAUUUGGACUUUAGUCCGGACAGCAAGAACGUGGUUUCGAUCGCCAAGGAUGGCCUCGGUGUGAUAUGGUCCAUCAAUCCGGAAAAGGAGUCUCGCAAACUUACUUGGAACCCGCCAGAGGGCACGCGAUACUUGCUGAAGCGCUGUCGGUACGGCGUUAUCGAAGGACAAAAGGACAAGCAUCGGCUGUUCACGCUGGCGAAUCCGUUCGCAAAAUCCGGCAAAGCCAAGGGUCUGCUGCAGCAGUGGGACCCGGAGAGUGGACGCCUGUCCAGGGUGGUGGAAAUUGACGAGUCGCUGGCAGCGCUGGCCGUCCGUGACGAUGGACGCUUCGUCGCCGUCGGAACCAUGUUCAGCGGGUCCGUUUCGAUCUACAUUGCAUUUAGCUUGCAGCGGGUGUUGCAUGUUCCGCACGCGCAUGCCAUGUUCGUGACCGGGCUGCAAUUUCUGCCCGUGACCAACUUUGACGGACCGGCCGUUACCGGAGACACCGAAGCAGCCGUCCUGUCCAUCUCCGUCGACAAUCGAGUGUGCGUACACAGCUUGCAGUACAGACACUCGCUGCCGGCCUGGGUGGCAAUAUUCGCAAUCGUGCUGAUACUGUUCAUCACCUUUUGCUUCUGCUCGUACAUUGGCCUGUGAAAACGCGAGUGGCGAUCAGGAAAAGACGUGUACUACUUGUGUUAUCUAAAUGUUGUUGUUUUUUUUGUACAGAGAAUACAACUUAUGAUGCGUAAAAACUUGGUGAAUGUAUGCCGAUAGGAAAACACGAAACAAAACAAUAUGCCUAUAUUAUUACCUUUUUGUCUUAAGUUUAAACUACGUGACCCACACACAUAGCGAAAUAGCUUUUUAAGGUGCAAGAUGUGUUAAUUUAUUCGCCUUAGUUUGUUAUAUUCUAAUAAAUUGUAGAACGAUUAAGUAAA